AUGGCGCGAGCUCCGGAACUGCUAUGGGGCGCUCGAGGCCUGGCGCUGCUGUUGUGGCUGUGUGGAUGCUGCGGCAUAUGGAGGUAUAAAACUAAUGUAGAAAACUAUGCUCUCCUCACUACCAGAACCACUAUAUAUUUAGAGUAUGAAGGACCUUCAUUUGUGGAAUGGGACAUUUCUACGUUAUGUACUGUUACAAAUAAAAGUUCACCUACAGCAACACUGAACUGUCCAGUUCCUGGAAUUCACAAGAUUAGACCAAAUGUUGACAAUGAGACAGAGAAUGUGGACCGCCAUUUGCCUAUCUCUGAACAUUUGAAUUGCUUUUUGUGGUAUGUGCUGAAAAGUUCUCCAGAGCAGAGCUCCGUUCCAUCCUCAAAAAAUGAUAGCCAGGAGUUAAUCUUAUGGAUAUACGAUCCAGAAAAUGCAGAACCCUCUGAAUUGAAUCACAGUGCAACAUCUCCUCCACCGAAUUCUAAGACACUUAGCAAGCAGUUUUGGAAUUUGGGACAGGAACCUGUUGUUCAGACCUAUUUUAGAAAUACCGAAUACUUUGCUACUGCAUUUCCAGAGUUGGGAUUCUGGAAAAUUAAUGUACCUGCAAUGUUAGAUGACAUCAUAACUAAUAUCCACGGAAAGGCAAUAGCUUUUCAGGAUUGUUUUGUUCUAGAUAGUCCCUUUAUCAUUUCCAGGCCUGAAGAGCCAUUUCCUAACAAUGUAAGUGACAAUUCCCUCUGUUCCCCAGCUGGUAGUGAGCCCUACAUUGAGUGGUCUGCAUGUUUUCCAACAACUGCACUUUUGUUGUCAGAAUUUGGAACUUUCCAUACAAAUGAUGGAUUUAUAACUUAUAAAGAAAUCAAAGCUCCAUCACACAUUUUGGACUUUGACUUAAGUCACAAAGUAACUGAUAUUGUUUUAACUGAUGAUGGAAUCUUAUUUUUAAUAAUGGGGACAGUUUACAAAAGAGAGUCCAAUCAGUUUUUUAAACUUGGACCUGAAUACAAUCUACCAGAAACGGGAAUAACUGGAAUACAGUCAAGACUUUGGUGUUCAUCUGAAUAUCCAGUACAGAGUGGAAGAAAAUUAAGUACAGUAGCAAUAUGGACACCAAGUGAACAAUAUCUAGGAUAUGAUGGCAAUGUGUUUAUUAAAAUAACAGAUACAACAAACCUAAAGAGGGUCCUAGAUUUGCCAGUGGCCGCUUCUUUAUCUAUAGGCACUGUUUGCUAUGACUCACGCCCACCUGAAGUUUCUUUGCUGAUGGCCUGCGUUGGGUGCAGCUCCUCCAGGGUGUUUUAUCUGUCAGCUUAUAACGAAGACCGAGAUUUAUGGGUCCUAAGAGACUUUUCCUUAAAUGCUCCUCCCCAGGGUUUUAUGCUAAUGGAAUUUGUAUAUUCAGCAUCACCAUCUAUGCUGAUGUGGAACGAGGAAAUGAUCUAUUAUAGCUAUAAAAACAACACAAUUAAUGGAUUUGUUAUAGUAUCUGGGUUAAAUCAGAAGCUAUCGGAAGCAUCUCGAGGGAGCACUAUUCACCAACUGGUUAUUGACUAUUUCGGGAACACUGUGAUAAAGAUGAAAAACAAUAUGAUGUUUUUUUUUAAAAUUGAAAUGAAAGAUGCUGUGGAGCUCCCUGAAUGGGAAAAGGAAAGCAAAAACAUAGUCCUUUACUUGAAUCCAUCUGGUAACCUAUAUAUGCUGUUUAUCAAUGGUUCUAGUAUAUACCGUGAGGACUAUCCCUUGAAAACUGAAAUGUUUAGUUACAUACAUGGUUUUCAAGAUAUUUGCCCAUAUCUAGUAUUUAAGCACAGCAUGAAUUUAAAUGUCUAUUACCUGGACAUGGGAGAUGAAGUGACAUUUUGGGCUCAAAUAGUCUAUAUGGAGAAUCUGGGCUUAUCCACAGAUGUGGAAAUCUACAGGCCUGAAUUGCUGAUGCAGACAACAUAUGUCGAUUAUGAAAUAGCUCGUGGAAUCUGUACUAAAAACCAGACAAUGAAAUUUUACCAUAAAAUGGACUACAGCCUUGAACCUAAUUACACAGAAGCAUUAAUUGCAUCCACAGGUGUUAUGACAGUUGAACUACAACCUAGUAGGUCUGCAAAAAUGUGUGCAACAAACAAUAAGGUAAGUUUUGUAUCUUGA